CAUUAACUGUAAGUCUACAGCGCGGCCAGCUGUUAGUUAAUUUUCAAGUUUUGUUCGUGCCCAAAUGAAAUGUUUUUGUAUGAAAACUUAUUAAUACAAACAAUUUACAACGACUAUUAAUCGAAGUGAAUAGAAUUAGUCAUGUUAAGUUAAGAAAUGUUGCAUUUUAGCAGCCGUAGCUGCCUGCUUCCAAUAAAACCGCUAUCCAGUUGAAAUAUCGAUUUUUCCAGCGCAAUCAAAAAAGAAUGUGCCAUUAAAUUGAAAAGUAGCUUAGUUUAACUUGGAAAGCGGCAAAAUGCCAGAGAAUUUGGAAUUGCAUCAAUUUGUGGACGGAACACGAUCGGGCGAUCUAUCAAAUCAAUGGCUGGAGCAGCUUAAAACGCGCGCAAAUUGCCCGUAUUUGGGCAUUAUACUAGCCACACUGUCUUCGCUGUUCUUCUCGCUGUGUUCGGUGAUUGUUAAGGGACUUGUCGAUGUCAAUCCCAUGGAGUUGGCUUCGUUUCGUUUUGUGGGCGUUCUACUGCCCACCAUCCCAAUACUCAUAUAUACCGAACAGCCAGUAUUUCCAGAGGGCAAACGUGUCAUCUUGCUGCUCCGCUGCUUUAUGGGCACCACAGGGCUGAUGCUCAGCUUUUAUGCGUUUCGGCAUAUGCCAUUGGCCGAUGCAAGCGUCAUUAUCUUUUCCACACCUGUGUUCGUUGCGAUCUUUGCAAGGGCCUUCCUCAAGGAGCCGUGCACGCUCUUUAAUGUGCUGACCAUUAACAUGACGCUCCUUGGUGUGGUGCUUAUCACUCGACCACCUUUGGUCUUCGGCGAGGCAACACCGGAGCUGGAUAGCGAAAAGGAUUCGGAUAAAGCAUAUGAUAUCUGGGGACCAGUUGCUGCCAUAUCCUCGACGCUGUUCGGAGCCAAUGUUUAUAUAUUGCUGCGUGCUCUGAAAAAUCUUCACUUCUCUGUGAUUAUGACGAACUUUGGAGCGAUUGCCCUCGUUUAUACAUUGAUUGUGUGUGGUUCGAUUGGCGCUGUCUGCUGGCCAAGUUGUGGACGGGAUCGCUGGCUGGUCGUCGUGUUGGGCAUCUUUAGUUUUCUGGGCCAAAUCCUGUUGACGCUCUCACUGCAGGUGGAACAGGCCGGUCCAGUAGCUAUUGCACGCUGUGCCGACAUCGUCUUCGCCUUCAUCUGGCAAAUCCUCUUUUUUGGUGAGGCACCCAAUGUGUAUUCUCUGUGUGGCGCUCUGAUGGUCGUGAGCUCCGUCAUUUUGACGGCCAUGAAGAAAUGGGCGAUGACUUUGCCACGCGAAUCGUCGCUGCGUAAACGCUUGCGUCUUAUACUUAUGGAGUAGAACAAAAUAGUUGCUGUAGUUGUAGCAGUCAUUUAGUUAUGUAAGUGGUUUCUUAAAGCGUUUUAAAUCAAAUUUUCAUUUGGGCAUCGGGGAACAAUGCUCAACUAACUACGAUACGAUAACUAAUUCAUAUACACGACUUAGACUUUGGAUUAUUGAUAAAGCUCAGCUUAGUAUUUAAAGAAAAUAGACGCAUUAUAUAAACAUUCACAUCUUUUACAUAUAUAUAGGCAUACAAUUUUAAAGUUCGAGCGUGAUACUC